GGCAAGAGACACACACACACACACGCACACACAUACAGGCUCACACACAGCUGCUCGGAACCAUGACAGAAGAUGACGGAUACAGUUGUCGCGGAGGGACAAGUCAAGCUUAGAGAUGGAAAAAAGUGGAAGACUCGGUGCGUCGUCCUCCAGAAGCCGUCUCCGGUAGCAGACUGUCUGUCUCUGCAGGUGUAUAAGCAGAAGAAGAAAGGGAAGGAGAAGGGCAGAGGCCACAAGGAAAGGCUCAAUGUAACGCUGGAGGGGAUCUGCGGCGUGGAGCCUGGGCCUGGACUCGACGGGGUGUCCUAUACCCUCUCCAUCCUCUGUCUGGCCCGCACGCUGGUCCUGGGCUUCAACAGCCGAGAUGCCCUGCUGGCCUGGGAUGCUCGCAUCCGCUACAGCCUGGGAGAAGUUCACAGGUUUCGUGUCAACGUCGAGCCAGGUACCAAACUAGAAAGCGGCCCCGCCUCUCUCCACCUGUGCAACAACCUGUUGGUCCUUACCAGAGGCGUCCUGCCUGUCGCCAUCGGCCACUGGAAGUUGUCUGCGUUGCGGCGCUAUGGCGCCGUGCCAAAUGGCUUUGUGUUCGAGGGGGGCACUCGCUGCGGAAUCUGGGCUGGUGUUUUCUUCUUGUCCUGUCCCGAAGGAGAGCAGAUCAGUUUGCUGUUUGACUGCGUUGUCAGGGGCAUCACUUCCAGCAGGCCGCCUCAUGGCCUGCGACCUGCCCUGCCAGAUCCCAAUGCAGAUGCAGCGUCGACAGAGAAACGCAUCAGCCAGGCGGCGUCAGAGCUGGAGAAGAGACUCAGCAUGUUGUCUCAAAGCAGCUUAGCGAGCAGCACAGCAUCCAUGUACAGCUUUAGGUCAUCUGUUGCCGGGGACAACCAAAGCAGCCUCUCCAGCUCCUCUUCCAGUCAUUCGGAUGCAAGCUGUGGAAGCAGACUUUCAUCUCGGGGGGAGCCGCUAGCACAACCGCUCGUCUCUAACGUGACAGGCUCGAGCUCCUCCACACUGAAGGCCAUGACCAGUUCAGAUGAUUGGCUUUAUGCUGCUGUGAUGGGAAGCGCAGGAACUCGUCCAUCCUCCGCCCAGCUGCAUCCUCGUGGUCUCUAUGACAGCGGGUGGCAGAGCUCAUUAGACAGUGGGAUUGGGAUAGCAGCAGGCAGUCAGUCAUCUUCCUCAGGGAGUUUCUCCUCAUGUACUGGGAGUCUGGACAUGGCCGGCGCAGGAGGGGAGGGGGAGUUCACCUCUGUUCACAGUCUACCUGUCCUGAAGCCUCCUCCUUCUUUACCUCCUGCUGUUCCUCCCCCCGUUCCUUCUCCUUUUCAGUCCACACUUUCCCCAGAGCUCAGUUCUGCCAGCUCCUCCGGUCCUUGGGUCUCCAGAUCUUGCUCCCGAGCGUCUGAAAGGCACAGUGGAGAAUAUCAAAUCCCUAGCCUGCUAAGUCUGCAGUACGACACCCCAAGGAGUCUACUCAAGGCCAUGUCCCUGGGGGAACCUUCCAUCUCUGAGGCGGGCAGGUACAGCAGGAGCAGUAUGAGCAGAGGGGAUAGAUGGGAUGGUCAGGGACAAACUCUUAGCAACAUGCCCCCAGGAACCAGAGCACAGCGCCUGGGCACGACGGAGCACUCGCACUCCUGUGGCAGUGAGAGGGCGCCCCCUGUGGAGAGUGAGGAGAGGGCCACACCUCGACCCCUUCUGGUCCCCGGAGGCUUUGUUAGUGGAGAAUCUCAGUUUAGUCGCGGGUCGGACAACUACGUGACGCCGGAGCAGUGGCGGUCAGCGAGGAACAGAGGCUUGACCCAGUUUACCAAUUUCCCAUCAGGCCUGUCACCUUCUGCAGAUACACAAGGAAUUGACCAGCGUGCCCAUGAAGCUCCUCCGUCUGUAGCCCUGGACAUUUGGCUGGUUAAUUAUGUUACCACCCCCACCAGCGCUCCCGUCUCCAGUAGGGUCAGAGAACAGAGCUCCAUCAAAUACUCCCACCUCGACAUCGCUGCCAUGGAAACGGCUCAGAGAGUGGGGGCGGAGCAUGUCCAGGGCAGGGAGGACAGGCGGACUCAGCUGGAGAGCCAUGGCAAUAUUAAACUUCAAAAUAGUUUUCAUCUCCACGAAUAAGCUUAUGUGCUUCAUUACAGUUGAUCAUAAGUUUUUGUACUAAAAUACACAAGUUUGCAUCGUAGCACUUUUUAAGAAUCACUCUGAUUGUUAGAAACAACCUUAACUUUGAAGAAAUAGCACAGCUGUACUUCACAAGCUGGGGCACUUGUCAUUCCACAGCAGAGCGUCUUAGUCAUACUUUAGGAGGAUUAUUCAUCAUGAGUGAAUAAUGUGUCUGCAUCUGAUUAGAAAAAGAGUUCUAAAAAUCUCACCUCCGUUUUGGCACUACUCUUAUGUGAUGGAGGAGUAGAAAAGCUGCAUUACAGGGACUGCUUUCAUCAACAUGAUUUGUAAAUAGUUGCUGAGAAAAUGAGUGAUGUUAAACUAUUGUUGUUUGCACCUGCCUCUUUCACAUUAAAGUUUGCCGUUAUCCUU